AUGUCGCCGCCGUGUACCGAAUUAUGCGUCUUUCCUCUCAAGCCGGGCUACGAUAUUGGCAAUUCAAAUCACAACGCGGCAGACGUUCUGAGGGAUUGCCUACUCACCGUCUUACAGCAACCAGGCGCACAGGAGAUCAAGUUUGGUACGUGGGUCGAGAAUGCGAGGAAUCUAGAACUAUUCGUCGACUGGGACGAAAAGAAGAACCAUGAUGAUUUUCGUGCCACCGACGCAUAUGGCCCAUUCUGCCAACAAUUCCUGAGCAUACUUGAAGGUAACCUACUAGUAAUACAUAUCGACUUCCAACCCGCCAGCAAACUCAGCACCGUCCUCGCGGCGCCGGUGACCGAGGUGUUGACCUUCUACUUCGACGGCGCACCACCCGCCAGUUACCUCGAUGCUGUCGUGACAUUCGCCCAGCAUUGCCUCGGGGCCAAGGGCGGGACCUCGACUGCGAUCCCGGGGUUUAUGGACUUGGCGGCGGGAAUCACGUAUCAGGAUCUGAUGCAUAAGGGCGUCAAGGGCAAGGCAGCGGUGGUGCUUAUUGGGUGGACGAGUGUUGAUGCUCAUAUGAAGUUCCGAGAAACGCAGUACUUCAAAGACCACUUCCAUCUGCUACUCCGGGACGCGAAGCAGUUCGAGAUGCACCACGUAGCCUGCCUCGACUUCCGAGGACAUGUGAUAGGCCAAAAUGCGCGGCCAUAA